AUGCACACCGCUGAAUUUUUAGAGGCGAAUCCUACGCAAAUUAGCUCAGUUUUAGCUGGUGGUUACAACCACCCGCUGCUAAGAGAAUGGCAAAAUGAACGUCAACUUACCAAAAAUAUGUUUAUCUUCCCACUGUUCAUUUCAGAUGAUCCAAACGAAGAAGUAGCUAUCGAUUCGCUUCCCAACAUCAAAAGAUUCGGCGUCAAUAAGCUGGCCCAGUACUUGGCUCCGCUGGUGGCCAAAGGGUUGAGAGCCGUGAUUCUGUUCGGUGUGCCUAUGAAGGAAGGAUGCAAGGAUCCAGUGGGCACUUCGGCAGAUGAUCCAGCAGGUCCAGUCAUCCAGGGCAUCAAAUUGCUUAGACGCGAGUUUCCGGACUUGUAUAUCAUUUGCGAUGUGUGCUUGUGUGAGUAUACAUCUCAUGGCCAUUGCGGUGUGCUCCACCAAGAUGGUAGUAUCAACAGAGAAGAAUCCGUGCGUAGAAUUGCUGCUGUAGCGGUCAACUAUGCUAAAGCAGGCGCUCACUCCGUGGCACCCAGUGAUAUGAUUGACGGGAGAAUCAGAGACAUCAAACUGGGGUUGAUUAGGGCCCAACUGGCACAUCAGACUUUUGUAAUGAGUUACGCAGCAAAGUUCAGUGGUAACCUUUAUGGACCCUUCCGUGACGCCGCUUGUUCUGCUCCAUCGCAAGGCGAUCGCAAAAACUAUCAGUUGCCUUCUGGAGGCCGUGGACUUGCGCGCAGGGCUUUGAAAAGAGACCUAGGGGAAGGGAGCGAUGGUAUUAUUGUCAAGCCUUCUACUUUCUACUUAGACAUCAUGGCGGAUGCAUCUGAGAUUGCACGCGACGUGCCCGUUUGCGCCUACCACGUUUCUGGAGAAUACGCCAUGCUCCACGCCGCGGCGGAGAAGGGCGUUGUGGACUUCAAGACAAUUGCCUAUGAGUCGCAUCAAGGGUUUUUGAGAGCAGGAGCUAGACUCAUCAUUUCGUACUUGACUCCAGAAUUCUUGGACUGGCUGAGCCAGUAA